UUCUUCCUAGGCUCAGUAAUCCUUCUUCCCUCUCAGAACUAUGGAGGAGCAAGGUGGAGCCUUGUUCUUCUGAGAAAAGAUAUAAAGCUGCUGGCAUUUGCCCACUAUAAGCAACAAGGACCUGCUCACAGACAAAAACAACAAAAAAAAAGCAAAAUGAAGAAUCUCAGAAGAGCUCCCUCGAGAGCUGAAAACUGACUUUCCCUGACGUGGAAGAAAAAAAAGGAGUAGUUUACACCAUUUCAACAGAUCCUGAUAGCUCCAAGGUGUUCCUCAUCCCUUGCCUAUAUAAAUUUCCACUGCAUGGGAUUUAUUUCCCUCUCCUUUCCUUCAGAAGGCCUGAAGGAUGUCUGAAGAGAUCCCGAAAGAAAGAAAAACUUGUUCACUGCUGUGUCCGAGACGAGUUAAUGUUGAAAACCUUCAGCUGCGCUGGACUCUCGCAUCUUACGUAGCUCUUAACUUGGCCUCAGUUGCUGUCUCGGCAGCCUCUCACCGCUCGCAACCACCCUCGGCAUCGCCCGCCCCCGUUGCCAUGGUGGGGCCGGGAGCGUCUGCACUACAGCCUGCAGGGCCGCGGUCACCGUGCUCGGGAUGGGGGCUCCGCGCUGCUGCUUUUCAGUUGAAAUGAAAGUGUUGCCUCAAGAAAUCAUUCAAAGCCCACCAUGGCAUACCAGGUUUGAAGAGCGGACAAUUUGCCCACCAUUAGAUUUUGCCAGGAUUCAUUUGAUCAAAGACAAAGAUGGCAUAGAUGAUUAUUUGGCGAAGAAUAUCAAAGGGUUGUCAAAACAAGAAGCUGCAGCUAACAGGAAUUCAUACAAGGAGAACAUCUGCAUAGACAUGCUGCGACAGGGUUAUCACAAGUCCUUCUCCGAGCUCUUCACUCUGAUACAGAAGUGGAAUGCCUUGAGGGAGGCUGCAGGGCCUGGGUCAGCCAUAUGGCAGGGGCAGUCCCUGGAGGAGCAGCCUGAUAAGCUGGAUCAGCUUUACCACUUCCUGACCAGGGCUGAGGCAGCCCAGAGAGCAGGGCGUUCUGAGGAAGUUUAUGAUAACCAGCUUAACAUGGUAUACUGCUUCGAUGACCCUGAGGAGAAACAGUUAAGGAAUUACUUAUAUGAACAAUGCUUUAACACUGCUAAACUAAUAAAAACUGAUGGUGGGAAAAGGCAAGCACAAGCACAUGCGCAUAUGGGCCUUAUCAAUGAGGAACAAGGUCAUGUGAUGAAGGCUGCUGAGCAUUAUGAAGCAUUUUACCAGCUAACAGAAGGUACAACAUGGAAGAAUGAGACAGGCCACACUUACCAUUCACUGGCAUGUGAGCAUCUUUGGAGAAUUUAUAUAUUGCUAGCAGACAAAAUGCUAGAAAACAAAGAACAAGAGCAGGCCAUCAAAACAUUAAUAAAAGCUAUCAGAAUGGCAAAAACCGGAGGUGAUAAGAAGAUGGAAGGAGAAGCUGUGUAUUGCUUAAGUUUAGUGUAUCAUUUUGCUGGAGAAGAGAAGAGAGCAUUAUCAAUUUUGAACACCUCUGUAAAAAUCUUCACAUCACUGUGUGAUUCUGCAGGCCUAAGAAGAGCAUAUGAAGCUAUAGACAAGAUACUGGUAAGUCAGGGAAAAGUGUCUGAAAGUCUUAAACACUUGGAAGAGUUUAAGAAAGUUGCUGACAAUGCACAUCUAAGCCAAAGCGUGGUGGAUGCGUGUGUGUUGACUGGGAACAUUCACAAUGCAAGAGGGAAUUAUGACAAAGCUCUUGAAUAUUUCACUCAAGCUUUUGAGGCAGCAAACACUUUAAAUAAUUUGUCCUUACUUAAUGAAACAAGAACUUAUUGUGGCAUUGCAAAGGCUCAUAAACUGAUGGAGGUAUUUAACAGCCAUAUAGAAGCAGAAGAUCCCAUCAGCCUCAAGUACUUGCUGGCAUGGAAGAAGAACAGAAGUGACAUGUGCAGUGACCCUCUCACAGACGAGCUCGAUAGAGAAACAAGCCCAUGUGAGCCUUCUCCAGAAACAAGCCCCUGUGAAUCUCCUCCAGAGACCCAAAUUGGGGGUUGAUCAUUCCUGAAAACACCUGCUUACUUACAGAAAAGCUGGCAGAUGAACGUCAUGAGUUCAGGAAGAUCUCCAGAAACUCGGGCAACAAAGUAAGAACAUUGGUGGAAGUUUAGUUGUUUAAGUAAGUGCACGUUGUUACAGUAUAAAUAUCUGACAGCUGUAAGUUCUUAUAUGACUAAUGUCAUAUGUGUGGUUCUGUUUUUCUAUCAAAAAUAGCUACUGUUGUUGAAAUAAAUGCAGAAGGAAAGUAAUGUAGAGCAGUGUGCUUUUUGUUCAUAUUGCUUAUUAUCUUUCAAAGCGUUAAGAUACCACACAUCUUAUAUGCCUGCUGAAGUGCAUAGGAAUCCAGGGUGCUCAGUAUGUUGGAAGAUCACUUUCUAAAUGUCUGGAUAUCUUCUUUAAAUCACAAAUUAUUGCCCCAUUCAGAUAAAAUAGUCUCCAAUCUUGAUGCCUCAUCCAUGGAGCUUUCUAUAAUGUUUGGCAUCUGUGCUUAACGAUUGUGGCUCAACUAUGGCCUGAACAGAAUAGGCAACAGGUUCCAGUAGUGACCCACGGCAGUCUGACUCCCAUGGUCUUCAUUGGUGUCAGAAGCAUUUCUCAGCUGCUGUCACUGCUAACCCUGCAGUUAAGGGGUAGAAGGUGGUGGCUAUUGCCUUGCAAAGUAUAUGGCAAAACAGAGCUUGGAACCUACAGAUUUUAUUCAGGAAAACUGAUUCAAGCUUUUGUAAUUUCACAUGUUAGAAAACCUGUUCUUUGAAACUUUCUAAAUCCCAAUAAUUGAAUUUGCGUGACUUUAAACAGAGGUUUCCAGUGUCAGAGUCAGAAGAAAGCUCCAUUAGACCUGCAGUCAUUUGCUGUGCAGGAAUUUGAGCAGGCAACAGGUUUUGCCAUAGUAAUAAUUCAUUGUUUUUCUUCAGGACUAUGAUUUAAGCAACUGGUUGACAUGUGACAAUAGGAUUUUUGCCUCCAAAGGAGAGGUGAACAAUAUACCAUUAACUAGCUCACAUUAGACCAUUUUUGAUCAAUGUAAGCAUAAAUACAUGUAAUAAUAAUUUUAUUCUUUUUACUUAGAGGUCAUUAUCAUCCAAACACAAGGCUUGUUACAGCAGUUUUCAUAUAGACCAUUUUCACAAGGCUGAAAAUUUGUUUAGGAGAGUUCCUAAAUACCCACACACAUAUAGAAAGACACAGACCUGCUUACUGAGUGCUAAAGCAAUAAAACGAUUGAGAUAAGGAAAGCAGAACCAUUAAAUAAACAUAAACAACAGCAGUAUGCAGUUUAGUCGUUAUACUUUAAUGCUAUUGAUACAAAUAAAAUUAGAAAAACAACACAGAGACUGGAAAUAACAUCAGAAAGUCACUUUAAUCUGGAAACUCUUCUAGUCUUAAAAGGACUGCUUUAAGAAGUUGCUAAUUUUAGAGAUUUGUAAUUUUGUUAAAUAGCACCCAUAUUCAUCACUAAAUUUUUCCAAUCUGAACUCACUGCUCAGUGAUAACUUUUGUACACCUGUAAGGAAACAGUCACAAAAUUCAUCCUCUAAGUUCCAAAGCAUUAGCUCUGCCAUGCUUCCUAAGAACACACCUUGUGUAGGGAACCUGCUUUGGCAGGGGAGUUGGACUCGAUCUCUGGAGGUCCCUUCCAACCCCUACAAUUCUGUGAUUCUGUGAUUCCUGUUAGUCAUAAAGCUUUUAAUAAAAGUGAGGAGACUUCUACCAUCCUGUAGUGGUGCAAUAGCAAGUUGUGUUCUCCAGUACCAGGAAGCUCCAGCAGAAUUGUUUAUUGAGCUCUAUGACCCUGUUGUCCCGCCCAGGAACUCUGACUGGCAAGUACUGUCUGUCUGGGCAGCAUGCAGCCAUUCUGCUCCUUGCAGACUGUUUCAAAACAAAGACUUGCUGAAUAGAUGAUAGUAAAUCAGUCUCUGAACUGUUCUGAAGUGGUAACGCUGAUGUGUUUAAAAUCUCUGUAAUGAGGUAUGGCAUCUGGGACAUGAAAACAAAGACUGCUUUUGGAUUAGGAUUUUGGUAGGUUUCACUGUGCAUGUAUCUGAUGGCAUUGGCUAGCAAUUACUAGCAGAGGGAAAGGUUGUCCUCAGAAAGGAUUCUGUUUAUGAUUAUGAAAAACAUGUUUUCUAACCUUUAAUAAAGUAUGUCUGGAACUAUUUUGUUUUCCAAAACUGUCUUGUUUGACAGUGUAUCUCUAUAAUAUCUCUAUAUUUUCCACACUUAUGCCCACAGAUGAAUAGAAUGUAUGUGCUGUUCCUUGAAGACAAACAAAUAAAACAUGUUGAUGAA